UGCGAUUAUCCGCGUCACCCCACCGGCCCCCGCCCCCGCUGCUGCUUUCCCAAUCGAGCCGAGCACCGCGAUUCCAGGCCAGCGGAAACCGAUUAAAAAAGGCAACCCCCCCUCCGUCCGCGCAAAAGUAAAAAACAACAACCGCAUCGCAGCGCAGCGCAGCGUAGCACCGAGCGAGCGGAGGGGGGGAGGGAGAGAGGAGCGAGCAAAGGUUCGAUAAAAAGGAGAGGAGGAGACGAAGCGUCCAAGCCCAAGUAACAUCCCCACCUCCCCUUCCUCCCCUCCCUUUCCCAUCUCCCCGGCCGCAUCGAGAUCUUGGCUGGCACCGCCGGAGAUCGCGAGGAGCGGCCCCGCGGCUCCCCCGAUCCCACCUCCUCCUCCUCCGCCGCCGCCGACCGCCGCCGCCGACCGCCGAUCGGUGAGUCGCCCGAUCCGCCCCGGCUAGCUCCGCCCCGCUCCGCCCUGCGCCGAUCGCCGCCGGAUCGGCCGGAUCUGGGGUAGGAGGGGAGGGGAGGACGCGAUGGAGGCCGACUCCGGGAAGCUCUUCGUCGGCGGCAUCUCCUGGGAGACGGACGAGGACCGCCUCCGUGAAUACUUUGGCCGCUUCGGCGAGGUCACCGAGGCUGUCAUCAUGCGGGACCGCAACACCGGCCGCGCCCGCGGCUUCGGCUUCAUAGUCUUCGCCGAGGCGGGCGUUGCUGAGCGAGUCACCAUGGACAAGCACAUGAUCGAUGGCCGCAUGGUCGAAGCCAAGAAAGCUGUUCCCAGGGAUGACCAGAGCAUUGCAAGCAAGAACAAUGGCAGCAGCAUAGGCUCGCCUGGGCCAGUCCGUACCAGAAAGAUCUUUGUUGGGGGGCUGGCCUCCAAUGUUACUGAGGUUGAAUUCAGAAGGUAUUUUGAGCAAUUCGGUAUGAUAACAGAUGUGGUUGUCAUGUACGACCACAACACACAGAGGCCCAGGGGCUUUGGCUUCAUCACCUAUGAUUCAGAAGAUGCAGUGGAUAAGGCGCUGCACAAGAACUUCCACGAGCUUAAUGGCAAGAUGGUUGAAGUCAAGAGAGCUGUCCCAAAGGAGCAGUCGCCUGGACCUGUCGCACGCUCACCUGCUGGAGGGCAGAACCUUGCUAUCAGCAGGGUUCACAACUUCUUGAAUGGCUUCAACCAGGGAUAUAGCCCAAACCCGAUAGGAGGUUACGGCAUGAGAGUGGAUGGAAGGUUUGGGCUGCUUUCAGGUGCACGAAAUGGGUUUUCUUCAUUUGGCCCCAGUUAUGGAAUGGGCAUGAAUGUUGAAACUGGGAUGAAUGCGAAUUUUGGUGCAAACUCUAGUUUCCUCAAUAACUCAAAUGGGCGGCAAAUGGGUUCAUACUACAAUGGUGGUUCAAACAGACUAGGCAGCCCUAUUGGGUAUGUUGGUCUGAAUGACGAUUCAGGAUCAAUAUUGAGUUCAAUGGGAAGGAAUGUUUGGGGUAAUGGAAAUGUCAACUACCAGAACAGCCCUGCAAACAUGAGUUCUUUUGUACCAUCUGGAAGUGGGAGUCAAGUUGGUAUUACUGGCGACAGUAUAAAUUGGGGAGGUCCUUCUGCCCAUGGGAUGGGAAGCAUUUCAAGCCUUGGGUCUAACAUUGGCCGUGGGGCUGGAGAUAACUUUGGUUUGCCGUCUGGCGGCUAUGGAAGGAGCAACCCAACUGGCACCAUUGGUGAACCUUUUUCUGCAUCAGCCAAUGCAUAUGAAAUGAACAACAUAGAUACAUAUGGCAACAACUCUAUUUAUGGUGACUCAACCUGGAGGUUCACGUCAUCUGAGAUAGAUAUUCCUCCUUUUGAUAAUGAUCUUGGAAAUAUCGAUCCAGAUAUCAAAUCGAACAUGCCAGCAAGUUACAUGGGCAACUAUACUGUUAAUAAUAAUCAGACAAGCAGAGGUCAGUAUCUGCUUCAACAUUUUGCUAUCAGUUACACAUGAAUUUCCCAUCUUUUUUUUGAAAGUUAAAGGUGCUGCAUAACUCAGCUAUUCAAAACAUAGAACGGAUAUUUAAAUAGAGCAAUUGAUCUACCCAUUCAGUUUAUUAGAACCAUUACACCUGCAUAUCUAUGCUUUUGGAAAGGAAAAAUGUUGCAUAAUUGCAUGCUAUAUGCUUAAUCAGUUGAUGCUAGAGCAUAAUCAAUAGACCUUUCUUGGGGCUUACAUCAGAUUUGACUGGUAUGUCAGUGGAUUGAACUUGAAGGAAUUGUCUUGUAAUUAUAUUGUGGUAGUAUACGUAUCACAUUUAACUGACACAACAUUGGGUACUAUCUGACUGCUUUCGCUGUAAUGAAAGCACUAUCGAGAGCAACAACUUUUGGACGCAUCAGCUUUAAAUGAUAAUGAAUAGAUCAAAUAGGGAGCACUGCCUUCAUCCAUAACAUUGACCUGGGAUGUGCUUCCAUGUAAUGCCUGACAAACAUAAUGGAUUAAGGACCAAUGAUUUGUUUUGCAAUUUUAGUUGUGCCAAGUAAAUCGAUGCAAUGAUCGGUGUAGGAUGUAUUCAGUAUCCUGAUUUGUUUAGUUCCUGUAUCUAUUCUAUGAUCUUUGACAUAAUACUAGGACAAAUUUUGUGACCAGCUCUUCCAUAAGUAAAAUUGAGAUUUGCUACAACCUUGUUAUUGUAGUGCCAUCCUGAAGUUGAGGGUAAAUGAUAGCAUUGGAGAUGUGUAAUGCAUGUGCCUGAA